AUUCCAAUUUGUCCUGGUAUCAAAAGAACUAUAAAUGCUGGUACCAACGUCAACUUCUACAUCAGUACACGAACAUCCCGUGAUCAAUUCCUAUCCUCAACAAGCUCAUUCUUUCCAACAUGAAGGCUGCCUUAGUUAUGAGUCUUGCUUUGACCUUAUUGACUUCGAGCUCCGCCCAACAUCCAAGAGCGAAUCUGUAUCAGGAAGGUCCAGCCCAUUACAACUAUGCCUAUGCUGUUCAAGAUGACUACUCCGGAUCCAAUUUCGGACAGAGCGAACAACGCGAUGGUUACUCGACCAGCGGCCAAUACCACGUGGCCUUGCCCGACGGCCGAAUCCAAACCGUGACCUACACCGUGGCUGAUCAAUACUCUGGCUACGUGGCUGAUGUUUCCUACUCGGGUCAAGCCCAGUAUGGGCCUUCGCAUGGACGAGGCACUCGUUCCGGUCCUGUGGCUUAACGGGGUUCGAUGAACCGCACACAAAUGGCUUAUUAUUGAUUGGAAGAAUUUUUCUUACUUGUCUGUAAGGUGACUUAAACGAUAUUUAUCACUUCACCCGCUUCACCCUCAGUCAUAUAAUAUCUUUUUCAAAGACAAAUACAUUUUUACAAAUACAAAUUUUUUUCCUUCGGCGCAUUCCUUUAUCCUAAUGUUUGGGAUUAAUCCCCCAUCAAGGGCAAGCUAGAUCAGUUUAUCUCUUUAUUCCCUUCUUCGAUUAGAUGCCUCAUUUGGUA